UCUUAAUGCGACCGCGAAUCAACCAUUACCGAUGUAGAUUUUUGGGGGAGAACAAACCUGCAACCCGCUUCGUAGUGGGAUCAGUUCGUUCCGAACGGUCAACGGAUUAUCACGCGAAAUUGGACCGGAGACAUCAUCCCGCGCGUCAGAGGGUGUGUCAGUACGUCGCUCAUUGGUCAGUUUGUCCAGUUCAGUUGAAAUAAGCGGUAAUCUGUAGUUCAUUCACCCAAAAUGCACACCCCAGGCUCCUCCGUGUCGGGGUACGUUCUACUGCUGGUAGUGCAAUUGGUGUUCAUAAUAGUGUACGGAUUUUUCACCGAAUACUCGGAAAGGAUAUUGCCAAAGAAUGAAACAGGACCCGCUGGAGAUGGGACUAUGGAGGAGAAAAUUCUGCCGAAAUACCCACAUUUCCAAGACAUUCACGUGAUGAUCUUCAUUGGUUUCGCGUUCCUGAUGACCUUCCUCAAGCGCUACGGCUUCAGCGCUUCCGGGUUGAAUCUCCUGGUAGGAGCACUAGUAAUCCAGUGGGCCAUUAUAAUGCGUGGAUGCUACGAAAUGGAAGACGGCAAAAUUCCUCUUUCCUUGGAUAACAUGAUCGGGGCGGACAUUGCUGCAGCAGCCGUCCUGAUCAGUAUGGGAGCACUGUUGGGCCGAACUACACCGAUGCAGCUGGUGAUUAUGGCUAUAAUUGAGAUUGCCGUCUUCGCUGCUAAUGAGUUCCUGCAAUUGGAACUGAUGAAAAUUACCGACGUUGGAGGUUCGAUUACGGUUCAUGCUUUCGGGGCGUACUUCGGACUGGCGGUAAGCUUCAUAAUGAGACCCAAAAAGGCAGAUGCUAAAGCCGGCCCGAUGGAAUGCUCUUCGUACAGUUCGGACAUAACGGCCAUGAUUGGAACGAUCUUCUUGUGGAUCUUUUGGCCUAGCUUCAAUUCGGCUCUUGUCGAUGGAGCAGAGCAAGAACGAGCCAUCAUUAACACCUAUCUUUCGCUGGCCGCAUGUACGGUUACUGCCUAUGUGAUAUCUGCAUUGGUAUCACAUGAGACAAAGUUCGACAUGGUUCAUGUGCAGAAUUCCACACUGGCUGGUGGAGUAGCUGUAGGAUCGAUAUGUAACCUGAUGAUUCAUCCAUUCGGAGCGCUGUUAAUAGGAGUAAUUGCUGGUGUUAUUUCUGUUUUAGGAUACCGAUUUGUGACUCCAGCAAUGUUCUCAAAUCUACGUAUAGCUGAUACCUGUGGAGUGAACAACUUGCACGGAAUGCCAGCGCUUCUCUCGGCAGUAUUCUCCGCAAUCUAUGCUUCACUGGCAACUUCCGAAACAUACGGUAGCUCUCUAACCAGCAUCUUUCCAGCUAUGGAAGCAGUACAUCCGGUAAUGAAUUCAACUAUUGGAGAUGAAUCUGCGAAAGAAAUACAUGAGUACAUUAUUGGGGGUUUUGGUCGAACUGCUUCCAAGCAAGGUGCUUAUCAAUUGCUAGGUAUUUUACUGACGGUUCUGAUCGCCAUGGUUGGAGGAUUAUUUACAGGCUUAGUACUGAAGUCACCGGCAGUACGUCAAUUAGAAUCUGACGAGCUUCACAAGGAUGACGUCUACUGGGAAACACCCGCUGAAUCCGUAACGGCAACGUGUUCCGGGUAAUUCGGAUCUUACUCGGUCUGUACGGAAUGUGCAAAUCACUGUAUCAGAAUUUGCGAAAUAUACAAAUUACAAUAAGAGAAUUCAUGUCAUAGAAUAGAGAAACUGUUUUUUAUAAUAAAAAAAAAAAAUUGUAACUUAUGUUUUGUUCGCUUCAGUUACCGAAUUAUUUAUGCUAUAGUAUUUCCAAUAAAAAUGCAAAUAAACUCUUUGUCGGAUCGAUUCAAAUCUUACUGGAGUAAUAUAUUAUUAGGGCGUGAAAACCAACUGUCGCAAUAUAGCAUUUUGUACAAAACGUUACUUACUAGGAACAGAUGUCAACAAAAAUUAAGGUAACUCGUUCGUCUACUAAUUUGUGGAGAAUAUAUAAUUAGGUAACUGAAAAUAAAAGAAGAAGCGAGAAGACUUGUUUAUAUGUAUUCAAAUAGUACAGGUCUCUUAGUUUCCGAUUGAACAUUAAAUAAUGCCACAUCAAAUUGCAUCACGGAAAAAAACGCUGCAGAAAAUUAUCUAGUGAACCGAUGCUUUCUAACUUUCAGACAAUAAAAUGUAACCCAUUAGCAAGCUUUCGACAUAUUUAUUUCAUUCAAUUUCAAUACCAUAACCGUAUGACCGCAUCUUACUCUUAAUUCCACUCAUUACGUUCUGUAUAACAUCAGGCUUCAGCUUUUUCUGUACGGAAAUCCACUUUUUCUACAUGUCUUCCUCAGAUUUGACCUCCUUGGGAUGCUUCCGUAGUGCCCGCUUCACAUUCCCCAGUAUGAUUCGAUGAGUCUUAGUUCUGGUGCGUUGGGUGGGUCCAUUUACAAAAGUGACCCCGUCGGCGUCGUAUCACUCCAGGACAACAUUUGAAUAGUGGCACGACACUAGAUCCGACUAGAAGAUCGUAGGGCCCUCGUGUAGCUUCAACAGAGCAAGCAGACGCUUCUUUACACUCCUUGAGGUAGAUCUCCCCAUUUACAGUCCCGAUAGUCACAAACGGCGCCAUCUGUUUGCCAUAGGAGCAGAUCGCUUGCCAAAUCAUGUAUUUAUAGGCAAACUUUGAACGCUUCUGCUUCCUUACUUCCUCCGGAACAUCAAGCUUGUGCUGGGUGGUGAAGAGCAGUUGCUUCGGUCUUGACGUAAUUGUCAUGAUGAGACAUUGCGAUUUCGUCAGCAUCUGGAUCAGAUUCAACUUUUUGGCCGUUUCUCUGACCGAAGUAUUGGGAUUCCGCUUAAACGCUUUCACUACACGUGUGUGAUCCUGAUCAGUAAUAGAACACCCAUUCUGUCCAAAUUUCUCCUUCCGUUCGAUGCUUAGAGUUUGGUGGUAAGGUUUAAUCUUACGACUCACUGUUGACUGUACGAUGCCGAAUUGUCAUCGGAUGUGCCGAUGAGAGAGUUGAGGAUUUUUCAGGUGUUUGCGCAAAAUCAAUUCGCGACCUUGCUUUUCGAGUGAUGCCAUUUUUUCCAAUUUUCGAAAAACUGGCAGCGAAAAAAAUACAGUGUAAACAAGACACUCUAAACUACUUCUACCCAAAUUUUCAAGAGAAAAUACCCAAUGUGUUAUUUUCUACAGCAAUUUUUCCGUUAUGCAAUUUGAUAUGGGACAACAGCAAAGUCGACAAUAAAGAACUCCGUUGAAAAUGAAAAUAAAGCAAU